CUCCAGUUCUCCGAUGGCGAACUAAUUGUUUGGACGUGUUUGCUGCGUCGCUCUGUGCACUUGCGGGCGCGUUUCUCGAGUAAUUUUUGCCGGCGCUUGUAAAUUCGCUUUAUUGUAUGAUAUUCUCGACUCUGUGUGUGUGACAAACAAAUAUUAAACAAGCCGGAGCAACAACAAUAAUUGCAGCUCCAGUACUGUGAAGUGUAUGUGAGUGCGAGUGUGAGUGCGUGAGUGCGAGCGAAACACAAACGUAAAGCGGAAAUGCAAAAAAGACAACAAAGUUCCGAAACCAAACAUCGAAGUGAGAGCAGAAAUGAAAAAAUGCUUUUGGUAAUCGAAUUGACUGACACUGCGCAGAGUUCGUCAAAGUACCAAUAAUCGUGUCAGAUAGAAAUAUAUAUUUAAUUAAAAUCGAGAACGGGCCACCAAAAAGGCGCCCCAGCCGGAAAGCGGUGAAAAAAAACGUCGGAUUGCAAUGUUUUUGUUUUACAAUCGACGUUUUCUCGUGAUUCAACUGAUUGCGAUCCUGCUGCUGCUGUUAACCGACCACAAUGGACGACUGAGACUAACCAAGGAGUCGACAACAGUUGCUGCCGUCACCCAACCGAAGAACUCAACCGCCCUCCUGCCGUAUCUGCAGAUCCAGAAGCACGCCAUCACCAGACUGACCAUCAGCAAGCCCCACACUCCGUACUAUUUGCCAUGCGUACCCAUCCUAACGCCCUACAACUACGAUCAGGAGAACCAGCCCAUCUACUGCAGCUGGUAUCGGAAUGACGAGGCCGUCGAACAAUUGUCCAUUCGCAAAAAUGACUUCUUCAUCUACGAGAAUGGAACGCUGCGUCUGCCCACGAACGAGAAGGCCAGCGGCGAAUAUUUCUGCAAGAUCGAGUGGGAUGAGUCGGCGGUUAUUUCCGACAAAAUCACAGUCGAGUAUCCAGUACUCAAGCGUAUUUUUCCGGGUCAACAGCAGACGGCCAACAUUAGUGCCCUGGAAAACAAGCCGCUCGUGCUGAGCUGUCCGUUCGUGAGCGUUCCCGCUGCCCGAUUCAGUUGGUAUUUCGGCAACGAUUCCCUGACCAAUGACAACAGCGCUCUUAUCCUGUCUAAUGGUACUUUAAUAUUGCGGCAUUUACGCCUGGAACAGGCUGGUAAAUACAAAUGUGUGGCCCAGAACGCGUUCGCCAGCAAGACGCACCGCCAGUUCAUCUGGCAAUUGCGAGUUGAGCCCAGGGAUACCCCCUUCUAUCCCAAAAACCAGGCGGAAAUUCCGGAGACGGCCGUUACGGAGGCCCAGCUACUGCCGGCGUUCCAGAACGCCACCGUUUAUGUGCCCGCCGGCGGAUCCGUACUGCUGCAAUGCCACGCUGUGGCGGACUUUGUGCCCAUUGUGUGGUACCUGCAGCCGCCGAACAACAAGAUGGUCCGCCUGAGCAACAACAGUGUGGCGCUGUCCAUUACAAACGCUAGUGCCCUAAGGCAUGAGGGACGCUACAGCUGCAUAACACCCUUGGAGACGCAAAAUUUCCAAGUGAUUGUGACUACAGCACCUAGGAUAGUGAGCCGCCUGCCUGUUGAAGUGGUCUAUAUAGGCAUUUCGAUGAUAUUAAGUUGCCGGGCCGAGGGGAAUCCGGAACCGAGUAUCACCUGGUACCACAAUGGUGUCCAUCUGAACAGCUCAUACACGCGCUACAUUAGCGGCAACGAGUUGCACAUCCACUCGUUCGAUCCCAAGGAGGAGGGCAUCUACCAGUGUGUGGCCAGGAAUGUGGCUGGCGAGGAUUCGGCCACGGGUGAACUGCGCUUCAAUCAGAAGCAGGAACGAAUCAACCAGUUGCAGAACAUUCGCUGCUAUCCGCACAGCUUUCAUUCGAUCAAUGUUACGUUCGAUAGUCGCAGCUUGACCUCCAUGUUUGUGGUCUAUAUUGUGAGGAGUAAUCCGCACAGCUGGGAUUCUUUCUCGCCCAUGAAGCUGAAUCAGACCUCUUACGUGGUGAUAUCCACCAGUUUGCCGGUUUACGAGCCAUUUGUUUUGAUCACCCGUGUUCUAUUUCCCACAACGGAGGUGCGAACAGGGGCUUCGGUGCCGCAGCAGAUGAUCCUUAGCUCGUUGCGAAGUACGCCGGUCACCUGCUGCACCCAAGGAUUGAUGCUCCGACCAAUUGCCGUGGGCAAUGACACAUUUGUUAAGUGGUCGCAGGGCCAGGUGGACAACAAGAAGUACUUUAUACUGCAGUUCUCCAUCAAUCACACCCAUCCACAUCCAGCCCAGCUGCUAGAUGGACGCAUUAAAGGUACCCUGACUCCCGUAGAGGAAAAAGCCGACGAAGUGCGUCGCCAUCUGACCGAAAUUCAACCUCUAAACCAAUCGGCGGCGGCCACUGUGCUCCGAAAUGCCGAACACGAAGUGCUGACCAACGAGGACGACGACAUGAGUCUGGAUUUGGAGGACGACAUCUUCAGCAUGGUAGUGGAUGCCAGUGUGACGGGAAUUCUGCUGCAACGGUUCGCGCGCAUCAAAAUGAGAGUGCUGAUCAUCACCAGCGAGAAUGAGUUCUUGGGUCAGGACUUUCGCUACGUUCAGUGGAAGAUUAUCGAGAAUGGCACUUCGGAGCAGGCGAAUAUGCCCUUUCGUCUGAUGACCAUCGAGUCUCGGGCUCUGGCCUUUAAGUUUCUUGACAGCCUGAAUGAGACCUGUGUGCUGGAGUGCCACACGGUCAUCGAUAGCCAGGAGCCACAGUGCAAGGAACGCAACAUUUCCAACUCGAUGCUGUUGGUCACCAAGCUCAAGGCAGAUCAUCGUUACAAUCUGCACUUUUCCAACUGCAAGACGCGCAUAUUUUACGGCGAGAUUGAUGUGAAAACCCAACAGGAUCCCCCUGGCACCAUCAAAAACUCGAAGCUGAUUAAACAGAACGGCCUUAAGCUGAUGUGGGAGCCACCUUCUAAUCCCAAUGGUCGUAUCCAUCACUAUGAUAUCCGGUGGUCCUUGGACAACGUCACUUAUGAGGAUAUCGUCCAGGAGUGCACCUCCUGCUCCUUUAAGUUUCCAAAUGUCUCUGAGACGGCUAAAAUCCAUGUGGCUGUCCGUGUGAUGGGCGACACUGGAGCAGGGGCUCCCAUGUACUUUGACAUGGUGAAUAAUAACCACACUUGGCUGGAGGAGGACAGGGGCACAUCCCACUCGGAGGUUUACAGUGGCAUUGCCAUCGGCUCGUUGCUCUCCAUUGCCUGCGUGUUUCUCUUCGGGCUGUUUAUAAUCUUCCAGCAGCGGAACUUCAAAGCCCGCGCCCAAGGACCCAGCCAUUUGACCACACCCACGGACAUCAAUUUCGGUAAUCUAAGCAGUGCCUCGGGAAUGCCGGGCGAUAGUGCCGGUGGACUGAGUGGCGGCACAUUGCAGCAGGAUUGCCACGAGAUGCAGACACUCAUUCCGCGCUCGCGUUACCACAUCGAAUUGCUGCCGGAGCACACGUUGGAAUACCAGACGAGUUCGGCGGCCGUGGCGGUUGUCCAUCUGGCCAAUGGCAACGGAAGUGUCCAGGUGGCGCGGCGAUCGGAUCAGGACGGAGCCGCUCAGGGGGACUUGGGCAUAGCCGGGGUGCACAACCUGUCGCAGUUGCCGCUGUGUGGCGGCGGAGGAACCUCACCCGAGCGCAAGACCGUGCAGGAUGCCAUGCUGCAGGAGGCGAAGGCGUUUUACAUACCCUAUCGUCAUACGCCACCCAAUGUGGUGGCCUUGAGCAGCUCCAAGCAGUGCCCCGUAGUUGGUGGCUCUGAACUGGAGGUUAUAGUGCCACCCAACUCACUGCCCUUGGUGACCACAAUGCCGGGAUUGGGUGUGGCCGGCGGGGGAGCAGGCGGUGGUGGAGGAAGCGGAGGAGGAGGAGGAGGAGGAGGUAUCUCCAACCGACGAAGUGGAAGCCUGAGUAGCAGCAGUGCCAGCAGCAGUAGCAACGGCAGCAGCAAGAAGCAAUUCCACACGAACUUUGUGCGCCACUCGAAUUCCAACGAUGGCAUUUGCCUCCUCGCGGAGGAAGAGGCAGCUGCCACAUUGACACCCACCUCGGAGCGUGAGUAUGCGGCCGUGUGCCUGACCAACGGUUUCAAACUGCCCGCCGAUGUGGCCAAAGCGGGCGGUACAUACAACACCAAUAACAACAAUAGCUGCAGCAGCAGCAGCAGCAGCAAUAGCAACAGCAACUCCAGCCAGAAAUCGACAACUGCCAAGGAGCGCCAGCCGCGAGGCAAUGGCAAUCCGAUCUCGUUCAGCCACAAUGCAUCCAUAGUUCCUGCCAACGGACCAGUUUCCGUUAACCAACCCACACAAGUCAAGCAAUCUUGGCCAGCGGCGACGGUGGUCCAUCGACGGGCCCAGGUGGAUCCCAACGGGUGAAGCAAGCAGUAUUUUUAUGAAGCUACCACAUAGAAGCAAAGAAAACAAAACAAUACAAAACAAAACAGAAGGAUAAUUACAUUCACAGCUCGAAACAUUCCAAAAGAAUAUUGAUAUGGAGAUGAUAUGGUUAGAGGAUGAACAUGAAAAUGAAAAUUAAAGAUCACUAUGAGUUUAGAUGGAUGGUGAUGUUAAGCAUUUAUAAAGAGUACAUUUUAUAAAUGUAAAUAUUUAGUAACUGAUACUAUGGAACUAUGGGAGAAAUGAUUAUUUAAGCUGAUAUUUAUACACAUGUAUUCUACAUACACGUAUACAAAACAUGUACGCUAAGUUGUAUGCUAUAGUUUUUUGUCACGUUUACACUUGUAUGCCGUACUUUUGUAUUUGUAUUUGUUUAGUUUUUGUUUGUUUUUCCGUUAAUUGAGGCUAAUUUUUUACUCGUAUCUUCUCAUACAUAUACACAUAAUUUAUUGUUGCUUUCGAUGCAAACACAAACAGCCACAUAAAUACAUAGCAAUAGACCGCGCAGCCCGCAAGUAUGCAUUACAAUAUUUGUCGCUGAUAAUUACUACGUUUAACAAUUGCUUCGCAAUUGCCGCAAAAAAUUCAAUUACACUCGUAUAAUAGAAAAUACGCAAACAGAACAGCCAAAAACCACAAACACUGCAAUAGACCACACACUAAGCCACCCAAUCACCCAACCACUCAAAUACCACUCAACCACAAUAGUCACAAGUGUUCACAUCGAUUCCGAUUUAAAACGUAAUCUAUUCAAUAAUAUUUGUAAUUUUAUUUUAUUUAUAUUUGUAGUCCUUUUUAAGCGAACUGUUUAAUGUUUAAUUUCCGCAUAUUUACUGCUGCAUUUUGUUUUGUUUACACAACCGAUAUAUCAAAUGUACCUGAUUAUAUUCAUUUUGCAUUCUUGUUUUUGUGCUCUCGCUCUCACACUAUUUCCCCAAAAAAAAAAAGAGAAAACCCAAUUCCAAUUUGUGCACACAUCCGAUAUUGCAUAACUCUAUAAUAAGCCACAGAAUCCAUCGCAUUGCAAACGUACUGUAACCAUGUAUAAAAUUCACCAACCAUACCUCGACAGAACCUGUAGCUACGCCAAAUGAAAAUACACAUGCCCGAGCUCUCCUGCUCCUUUCCACUGAUAUUAUUUUUGAUAGGAAUAGGAUUAGGGAAAGCCGAAUGUCGAAAGAGCAGCCCACAACGAGUAUUUGUCAAGGGGGUCGAGUAUGAAGAUGUAUUUUGCGAAUUGUUGUUCAGUGUGAAACGAGAUGCGAAAAUUGUUACAAGAUUCAGAGACACAACCAUACACACAUACCCAAAAAUCCCAACUAUAGAUGAUACAUUCCACAAGCGUAUGCAUGUCACAGAUACACAACACACACAUACAAAAAUAACACGUUUUACAUGAUUGAAACAAAUACGAAAAUAUAUAUAUAUAUAUAUUCAAUGUGAACAAAAUGUGUUUUGAAACUGUAACUGUAACUGUAUACGUAUUUAGAGUCUAAGUGCAAUACCAACAAAUAAUUGAAUAGCAAAAGGUAACCUUUAAGAUCCCUGAGGCAGAACAAACCAACAACUAUAAACAAUAGUACCUUUCCACUCAAGCAGAAGCAACGUUCAAAAUAGACUCACAUUGAACCCAGUUAGUUGCGAAUUCCAUCCCAACUUAGACCAUCAGUAAAUAAACAAUCUGAUUCGUGUUCAAGGUGAAUAAAGCCGCAGACUUUGCAAAUAAGUCAUCAACAUGUAAAGCCGAAUAAUUAAACCAUUUACAAAAUAAAAUGUGCAUGCAAAACAAAGCCACAAAAUGAACUUUAACCUACGAAAAGCAUUUAAAUACACACAAAAUAUAUUCCGAAAAGAACAACUCAAAAUUCCUAACAAAAAAAAAAAAAAACAGAAAACAAAAAGAAUGAAACGAAGGAAAUAAAAUCAAUUUUAAACGUUACGAAAAUUAAGAAAACAAAAAUAUACUGAAACUAUUACAUGCAGCAAAAGGCAAACAGAAAAUUUAUGUACUAAAGUUAUAUAAUUAGGCGUAAGAAAUCCCUUGAAUGUACGUGUUUGAAAAAAAGAAAACAAAAAUCGAGAAUAAAAAGAUGAGAAAAAAUGGAGAAAAUAAGUAAAAAUAACUGCGAUUGUGAUCGCCGUGUAAGUGGAUGUGAUAAAUGUUUAAAUUAUUUAAGCGCAAAAACAAUAAAGAGAUAAAGAAAUUAAAUAUUAGAAAGACAGAAGAUAGAAACGCGUAUUGCGAUUUUUGCAACGGUUUUUGGCCAACGGAAACCACUCAAUAACUAAGAGUCCACUAAAAUUGUAAGCACACAAUUAUUAUGUUCUUAACUUUGGCGAAACUGCUGCUCCUAGCACACUCUCUACUAAGUCUACGCAUACAAAAAUGUGAAAUUAAAUAUGCGUAUAAUUUUAUUUUUGUAUUUUUAGUUUGCAUUUAAGUCCACAUUUUGUAUACCUCAUUAGUAGAGUGGCAAACAACUAAAUUUUGUAAACAUAUUUAGGCUUGGUUUCCUCGUUUUACAAUCAGAACGGCAUAUUUGAACUAUUCAUAACUGAACAAACGAAACGAAAACUAAUGUAUUUUUUAUGCAAUUUAUAUGCAUUGUACAUGCAGGCGAAAUUAAUUAUUUCAAGCAAGUAUGCUGCCAACGAUUCGUGUUAAAGAUUUCGAUGUAAGUAAAUUUGCAACUACCAACAAGCCAGGCCAAAAAAUAAGAUAGAAAGAAUUGGCACGGCUAAAGAGUCUAAGAGAAAAAUGUAAGAAAAACUCGGUGUUUGUUUAAAGAAUACAGAAGAUAUGGCAAAGAAGAAAUGAAUGCAACCUUAACUAUUGGAAAAAUAUACUAAAAAAUAAGUUAUGAUGGAAA